AAGAGGACGACGGUCAAGGUGGCACGAACAACUUUCCCUUGAGAAUGGCGUCCGGCACAACGAGGGGUCGAAUCACCAGCAUCACCGGCGGCUUCCUACGCGCGGAGCGCGCCGCCGGGCAGCAUGUGAACUUCGACCCCGAAGCGCCUCCACUGCCGCCGACGCAUGUCGUACAGACGACCUGUCUGCUCGAACGACCGGAAAUUGACAAGAAAGUCAAGAGGCACAGCAUACACGGCAUGAUGGAGGAAGAGAACGUCGUGAGACCUCAUCAGGAAAUGGCCAGCCUGACGGGUCAGGACAAGAAAUAUCUUCUCGCCGUCGAGCGCGGAGACGUGGCUACCGUCAGAAGAAUGCUCAACAAAGCCCACGAGGACAACAUUAACGUUAACUGCGUGGAUCCUCUCGGACGAUCGGCUCUCCUCAUGGCGAUCGAUAAUGAAAAUUUAGAGAUGGUGGAUCUUUUAAUACAGCACAAGGUCGAUACCAAGGAUGCGCUCCUUCAUGCCAUCUCCGAGGAAUUCGUUGAGGCGGUGGAGGUUCUUUUAGAGCAUGAGGAGACCCUUCACAGGAACGGCGAACCACACAGCUGGGAGGCUCUACCACCUGACACAGCCACGUUCACGCCCGACAUUACGCCGUUGAUCCUGUCGGCCCACAGGGACAACUACGAAAUUAUAAAGAUUCUUCUGGAUCGCGGAUCCACCCUGCCGAUGCCGCACGACGUUCGCUGUGGAUGCGACGAGUGCGUGACAUCGAGGAUGGAGGAUUCCCUGAGGCAUUCGAGGAGUCGAAUAAACGCCUAUCGGGCAUUGGCGUCGCCGUCCUUGAUAGCACUGUCGUCUAAGGAUCCCAUCCUGACUGCUUUCGAGCUCUCCUGGGAACUUCGACGGCUUUCGUUCUUGGAGCACGAGUUCAAGUGCGAGUAUCAGGAGCUCCGGAGGCAGUGCCAAGACUUCGCGACCGCAUUGCUGGACCACACUAGAAGUUCCUAUGAGCUUGAAGUCCUGCUGAAUCACGACCCAACGGGACCAGCUUUCGAGCACGGAGAGAGGAUGCAUCUUAACCGCUUAAAAUUAGCCAUUAAGCUGAGACAAAAGAAGUUCGUGGCGCAUCCUAACGUGCAGCAGCUACUGGCAUCGAUCUGGUACGAGGGUCUGCCGGGGUUCCGAAGGAAGAACAUGUUCCUGCAAGCGCUGGAGAUCGUCCGAAUCGGCGUCCUCUUCCCGUUCUUCAGCGUAGCGUACAUCAUCGCGCCCCACAGCAUGGUCGGCCAAACCAUGAGGAAGCCGUUUAUUAAGUUCAUCUGUCAUUCCGCGUCGUAUUUCACUUUUCUAUUCAUGUUAAUUCUGGCCAGUCAGCGGAUAGAAAGCGUGAUCGGUAAUUGGAUGGGGCACGAUGUCGUGGAGCAGGAAGAAUCAACGCCGACGAAAAGAGGUGCCUCACCGACGAUCGUGGAAUGGUUUAUAUUAGCCUGGGUGUCGGGACUGAUCUGGUCGGAGGUGAAACAAUUGUGGGACGUGGGCCUGGAGGAGUACGUGAACGAUAUGUGGAACGUGAUCGACUUUGUAACGAACUCGCUGUACGUAGCCACAGUGGCGCUCAGGGUGGUAGCUUACUACAGGGUACAAAAGGAGAACGAGAAUCAGGCGCCGGGAUCGGUGAUAGAGCUGCAGCGUGAGCAGUGGGACACUUGGGACCCGAUGCUCAUCUCCGAGGGACUCUUCUCCGCCGCCAACAUCUUCAGCUCGCUAAAGCUCGUCUACAUAUUCUCCGUGAAUCCUCAUCUCGGACCGCUGCAAGUCUCCCUAUCGAGGAUGGUCAUGGACAUUAUGAAAUUCUUCUUCCUCUACGUGCUCGUUCUCUUCGCUUUUUCAUGCGGUCUCAAUCAACUUCUCUGGUAUUACGCCGACAUGGAGAAGAAACAGUGCCCCUCGGCGAUGCCGUAUUCGGCUAAUGUUAGCGCCACCAAUUCCGACCCGAACGCAUGCACCGUUUGGCGCCGAUUCGCUAAUCUGUUUGAGACAAUACAAACGCUCUUCUGGGCGGUUUUCGGCUUGGUGGACCUCGACAGCUUCGAGCUGGACGGCAUCAAGGUGUUCACCAGGUUCUGGGGCAUGCUGAUGUUCGGCACUUACUCGGUUAUUAACAUCGUCGUCCUCCUGAAUCUCCUAAUCGCCAUGAUGAAUCAUUCCUAUCAACUAAUCUCGGAACGGGCCGACGUCGAGUGGAAGUUCGCGAGGAGCAAGCUCUGGAUCAGCUAUUUCGAGGAGGGCGGUACCGUUCCGCCACCGUUCAACAUCAUACCUACCCCGAAGAGCGCCUGGUACGUCGCGCAGUGGGUAUAUCGGAAGCUCUGUGGACAUAGCAGGGCGGCCAAGAAGGAGCACAUGCGAACAAUCAGGCGAAAGGUCAAACAAGCUUCCGAGCGGGACUUCAGGUAUCAGAGUAUCAUGAGAAAUUUGGUAAGACGAUACGUCACCGUCGAGCAACGUAAGGCGGAAAGCGAGGGCGUCACGGAGGACGACGUGAACGAGAUCAAGCAGGACAUCAGUGCGUUUCGCUGCGAGCUUAUCGAGAUACUGAAGAACUCCGGCAUGAACACGUCGAAUGUAACGAGCAGCGGUACCGACGGUAGCCUUAAAGAGCUGUCCGUAGGUGCGGGUGGCAAGAAAAACCGCCAGAAAGAGCGGCGUUUAAUGAAGGGUUUCAACACGUUCAACAUCGGGCCGCAGUCCGGGUCGGGUGGAAGCGUCCUGGAGCCCGUGGACGAGCUCUUCCUUCAACAAGUGCAGCAUGAGAACUCUCAUCAUGAAUUAUUUGGCUCAACUCUGAGCGGCAUAUUCGGACCGAGCGCGACCGCGAAGAAGAGCCCACAUCACAUCAGCACUAACAGCGUGCCCGGGCUGGCGAGCGGGUCGCGACAAGUCCACGGCGCCAGAAGUAGCUCGCGGAAGAAGCGUUGGGGCACUCUGAUCGAGGCCGCGAAAGCCGGAAGAGUCUCCAGAUUGAUCGGUAGAUCUCGUUCCGAGGACUCUGUAUACUCGCCGGCGUCCGAGGACGGCGGCUCGCGAUCCGAGGGCUCCUCGGACUCGAAGUCCUCCUUGGAGGGUGCCGGUCACGAUGUACAAAGCGCCCAGCAUUCCCAGCAUCACUCUCAUCACGCGCAUCAUCCAGCGCAUCAGGAAGCGCAUCACGGGUUUACCCACGGCCUGGGCCCGGCUCUGGCCGCCCUGAGGAGGAAGCGCAAGAAGUUCUCCGCCUCGAGGUUGUCCACGCCCGCGAUGACCAGCAGCACCAACACGAAUCCCGCGGAAUCGAGCGCGAUGUCCUCAGUCGCCACCGUCCUGGCGGCCAGGAUAGCCGGACCCUCGAAGAAGCAGCUGCAACGCGCCAGCAGCGUGCCCACCCGCGGCCCCGAAUUAACGCCGCAGUCGUCAGUAAUGUUGGCGCGACGGCACGAGGUCACGCAGAGCCAGCAGCCCAGUCUCGACGUCGUCGAGAUCACCAACGAGCGUAUCAACGCGCAGCCAGGGGUUGUUCCACUGACGCCGUCGACCACCGAGGAGAGCGUGGUGGCGAGUGGCUCAACGUCGAACACGGCGAAGCGAAACGGAUCGGCGACGCAGCUGCAACGUCUUCCUGGCAUCGAGCCGAUUUCCGGCCACGACGUGUCCACCGGCUGGCUCUGAGGAAACGGAAGUGCCGCCGACGGGCGGCAGCCAACCAGCUGACACAGGAAGCACCAGUCGGAACUCAGCUUCGAGCUUCGUUUACAACGGCCAUGAGGCUAGAACGACAUCGACGACGAUCGGUGGCGCGCAUGCACGUAACGCACGCACGCGGCACGGAUCGUCCCCGACGUCGGCAGACGCACAAUGAUGCCUUUCUCGCGACACGACGCGCCAUGCCGAUUAAAGCGUAAGAGCGACGUCGAUCGGGAAUCUCGAAGGAACCCUAUCAGGAUCUCUCUCAUCCUCUUCCCCUCACCAGUCCUUUUACUACGGACACUUCUUCCAACAAAAUAAUGGCUCAAAAUUGCACUUCGAGAUUAUUGGUACGUUAUAUUUAUUAUUUUCUAUUUUAUACAUAUUUAUUUUUAUAUUCUUAAUUUUGUACACGCGAAGAAGAGUUUCCACGAGAGUAUUCUAGUAAAUUUUUAUAUAUUUUCUUUUCUUUCUUUAAUUUGAACUUUUCUCGAGUAGUAGUUGUAUAUAAAAUCACGUCGUUCGCACAAUUACUAUUGUUCAAUUAUUUUUGAGACUAGUAAGGACGAAUUAUGUAUGAUUGAUCGCGGUAUCUUCUCUCGCGACUGUCUUUGAGCGACGAUCGACGGUAGAUUGUACUGAGAAUUACUACUAUUACUACUACUGCCAGAACGGAAGUGGCAUGUGUGAGUCGGCGGCAAAUAGCCUAGUCAAACACUAGUCAGCCAGAUCUCGUAACAGGAGAGGGUGAAAAAAAAACCGGCUAUUAUUAUAUUAUAUAAAUUAAGGGACGCGACGAAUUGCGUUACCUCAAAUGUCAAACGGAGUCGGAAGUCGCGUCUUCAGAGAGCUGGUCUACUGAAGUGCGAGACUCGUUUAGCUUCUUAGCGAUCCUCCCAAAGCGAUCGUUUCUUCGACGAUUUAUUUCUUCCAAAUACACUUAUCCCACUCUAGUCACGAACUAAUCGAUAAUCAAUCAUUGCCAACGGACGAUUUCUUAUUAUUUUUUAUUCUACGGUAGUUUAGAACGGCCACAAGCGCGCGCGCGCGCGCGCGCGCGCGGUGUUGAGAGAAUCAAUUAUAUAAUAAACUCUUCCGUAAGACGUGCACGAUAGAUCGCGUGUGAAAGAGAGAACCGCUGGAUCCUUAAAGUCUCUGUAUUUCCGUAAAAAAAAAAAAAAUGUCGAUGUAGAAUUAAACGUUCCGUUAAUUGUAAGCUCGUAUCUACUGACGAGUCGUCUUUUAACGAUCCAACGCGCGACUCUCCGCCUAUAUAUCUGGACUGUCCGAAUGGCUAAAUCUUUCGUUGACGCCAAGUCAAACUCGGCGAGUCAAUGACGCCGAGAGAAACGAUUCUCGCGGGGCGCGGAAGAGCAGGAACAAGUGGCACGACCAAAGAAACACGCCGGUAGUAACAUUAGUCGAGUAGUGGCCUAAACGAGAAAGAGUCCUAGAUAUUACGUACUAUUUCCUAGAUAUUACAUGUAUAUGUACGUUAACAAUAAUUAUUACUAUCGUUAAUGUGAAAUACGAAUCGCG